AUGGCGACGGUAUCAGCGAACCGGGCCUCAGGUGCCAGUCUUGCGCCCACCCAGGAUCCUGCGCCCUCUACCCAUCAGUACACCUGCAACACGUGUCAGGUUGCUUUUCGGUUUGCCGACACCCAAAAGGGCCACAUGAAGAGCGAUUGGCAUCGAUACAACCUCAAGCGCCGCGUUGCAUCGUUGCCCCCCAUCUCUUCCGAAGUCUUCACCGAGAAGGUCCUCCAAGCUCGUGCUGAGACUUCUGCCGAGGCAGAUCGUGCUGGAUUUCAACAAGUCUGCGACGUCUGCCAGCGGACCUACUACAGCGAAAACUCGUACCAAAACCAUAUCGGAAGCCAAAAGCAUAAGGCCAAGGAGGCAGCACUGCAGCGUCGUGGGGCCAACCCAGAUGAUGCCAGUUCCGUCGUGAGCUCGACCUUCUCUCUUGGCGAGCCCAUAGUAGCCGGGUCUGAGCAUGUUGACUCCGAUGCCGAGGAUGAAUUCAAUGAGGUUGUCGAGGGUCUGCAGAAGACUACUUUGACACAGCGUCCCUCUCCCGUAAAGCGACCUUCACAUCCUCAUCCGUCAGCCGAAGGUCAACACCAGCGAGAGCACCUGCUAUCAGAACACUCUAGCAAGAAUGUCUCCGGUACCACGACUCCCAGCUCCGGAGUCACCCUCAAAACAUGCUUGUUCUGCAAUUAUGAUUCACCCACGGUUCCUCUGAACGUUGUUCACAUGGAGCGCAUACACAGCAUGUUCAUCCCGGAGAAGCAGUACCUCAUCGAUCUGGAAGGCCUGGUUACCGCAUUGCAACAGCGCAUCCAAGAAUACCACGAGUGCCUGUAUUGUGGCAAGCUGAAGAACACUGCACAGGCAGCGCAGACGCACAUGCGUGACAAGGGUCAUUGUAGGAUUCCCUACUCCACUGAGGAUGAGCAAGUCGAGAUCGGUGACUACUAUGACUUCAGAAGCACCUACUCGGAUGGAGAGGAAUCAGACGACGAAUCCGUUGAUGGCGACAAGCAGAACGGGGGAGCAAAGCUGGAUGCCAAGCGAUCUGCCAAGAAGGUUGGUGAGGAUGGAGAUGAGGUCAUGGAGGAUGAAGGAUGGGAGACAGACAGUUCUGCUUCGUCUUGUGAUUCGAAAGAUUUGCAGGCCAUCCCCGUGGACCAUUCCUAUCGCCAACACGAGCGACUUCAGAAGCACCCGCAUCACUCCUCGGUUGACCCCCGACACCACCACCAGAUGGAUGGCUGGCAUUCACAUGCCCACAAACACCGGGCUAUCUUCUACGACGAUGCAGAAUUACAUCUGCCGUCGGGGCGUGCAGUGGGUCACCGAUCUCUCGCCAAGUACUAUCGCCAGAACCUCCACAAUCAUCCAUCCGCCGAGGAGCGCGCUGAGCGAGAAGCCAUCGAGGGAUCCACCGAUGCUAUGGAAGUCGAUGGCGAGGAAGGCCGUGGUCGCCAGAUUGCUGGACGACCGGGUCCUGGCCCGAACGGAGCUGUUGCCACCAGAGCGAAUGGAGGAACUGGCAUGGUUGGCGUAACCGACCAGAAGAAGAAGGAAAUCCGUCGUGAAGAGCAGAGAGCCCGUAAGCAGGAGCAUCAGGCCCAAAAGCGCUACGACUGGGGUGUGAACAAGCAGAACAACCACCAGAAGUACUACAACUACCAGAUUCUGUGA